GAAAGCCGACUCUAUUGCCAAAAACUCCCUGCCGGCGCAGUCUUAUACGUGCCUUCGCACAUCAUCCGAGUUGAAAAAAACGAGAAGGAAUUGUGCUCUGUGCUGUGUUAUCAACUCUCCCACGCCAAUUACCACUCGUCCCCAAUCCGUGGGCUCUCCAAGCCGGACGGAUUCGAGACUCGAGGGAGAGAGAGAGAGAUCUUUUUGAAUUUUUUUUCUGCUGCCGAUUGAUUCACAACUAGGCGUUCGUUCUCUUGGGUAUCACGGCGACUCCUCUUUAAAAGUCGUCCCACGCCCUCCACCCACUUCACCAUGCGCCGAUUCGCCACGGAAAAAGUCAAGAAGCUGAUCCUUGGCUCUUUUCUCUCCACUCGAUCGCCGGCGCCUUCUUCUCAACUCUGCUCCUCUUCUGCUGCCGCCGCGGCGUCCGCCAUGGGCCCCACUCAAUCCCCUCCCGUUACUUUCGAUUCUAUCAAUCCAAAGGUCCUUAAACUGUUAUUAUACACUUGCACACUCUUACUCUUCAUCAUUCAGGUUUUAAAAUGUGAGUAUGCCGUCCGUGGAGAGAUUGUGAGCCAUGCCCAGCGCUUACAACAAGAGUUGCAAACCAAGCCAGGUUCUCGUCCCUUUGAUGAGAUACUUUAUUGCAAUAUCGGGAAUCCCCAGUCUCUUGGUCAGCAGCCAAUUACAUUUUUUCGGGAGGUACUUGCCUUGUGUGACCAUCCAUCCAUUUUGGACAAAAGCGAAACUCAUGCCUUAUUCAGCGCGGAUGCUAUAGCACGAGCAUGGCAGAUUCUGGACUUGAUUCCUGGCAGGGCCGGAGGUGCAUAUAGUCAUAGCCAGGGAAUCAAGGGCUUACGUGAUGCUAUUGCUGCUGGAAUUGCUGCCCGUGAUGGCUUCCCUGCCAAUGCAGAUGACAUUUUCCUAACAGAUGGAGCAAGCCCUGCAGUGCACAUGAUGAUGCAGUUAUUAAUAAGAUCCGAGAAAGAUGGCAUUCUCUGCCCCAUCCCUCAGUACCCAUUAUACUCGGCUUCAAUUGCUCUGCAUGGUGGCUCUCUUGUCCCAUAUUACCUCAAUGAAGCAACAGGAUGGGGACUGGAGGUUUCUGAGGUUAAGAAGCAACUGGAAGAUGCUCGAUCCAAGGGCAUUGCUGUUAGGGCAAUCGCAGUGAUAAAUCCAGGCAAUCCCACGGGACAGGUUCUUGCAGAGGAAAACCAGCGAGAAAUAGUGGAGUUUUGCAAGAAAGAAGGCCUUGUUCUUCUAGCAGAUGAGGUAUACCAAGAAAAUAUCUAUGUUGACAACAAGAAAUUUAACUCUUUCAAGAAGAUCGCGAGGUCAAUGGGAUAUGGCGAGAAAGAUAUUUCUUUAGUAUCAUUUCAGUCAGUUUCAAAGGGGUACCAUGGGGAAUGUGGAAAAAGGGGAGGCUACAUGGAGGUUACUGGUUUCAGUGCUGAUGUGAGAGAACAGAUUUACAAAGUGGCAUCAGUAAACCUCUGUUCCAACAUCUCUGGCCAGAUUCUUGCAAGCCUUGUUAUGAAUCCACCAAAGGUUGGAGAUGAAUCGUAUGAAUCCUUUAUUGCAGAGAAAAAUGGGAUCCUUUCAUCUUUAGCUAGGCGUGCGAAGGCUUUGGAGGAUGCAUUCAAUAGCUUAGAAGGUGUGACAUGCAACAAGGCGGAGGGAGCAAUGUAUCUCUUCCCCCGUCUUCACCUGCCUCAGAAGGCAAUCGAAGCUGCCAAAGCGGCUAAUGUGGCCCCCGAUGCAUUCUACGCUCGCCGUCUUCUGGAUGCCACUGGAAUUGUUGUUGUUCCUGGGUCCGGCUUUGGGCAGGUCCCUGGAACAUGGCAUUUCAGAUGCACAAUCCUGCCACAGGAGGAUAAGAUCCCAGCCAUCAUCUCCCGUCUCAAGGCAUUCCAUGAAUCAUUUAUGGAAGAGUUCCAUGACUAGGCCUCCUCUCCAACCCACCGAGCUUUCAUCCCUGUGGGGUCAUCUCUCCAUCUGAUGUAUAAGAUAAUUGAAUCAGAAUAAGCGAACCACCAUCCAUUCUUUUUCCUUUUUGUGGAUGGACCAAGUGCAUGUUGUCACUCGACUGUUAUAGCACAGGCUUCCUUUCGAAAUUUAAUGUGAUUUUCUCAAGCAUAUUUGGCCAUUCAGUGACUACUUGUUGGUUGUGAAA